UCAGGAGAACACAACGCGACAUGGGCUACAGCUGGAAGAGGACGGCUGACAAGAGAAAGAUUCUUACAGAAAAGCCCAAAGUUGUUGCUCAGAGGAUGGCGUUUUGUGAGAGGAAAAGACUGUUGGAAGAAAGAGACUUCCAGUUUAUUUAUGUUGAUGAAACAUGGUUAGACACCUCAUACACAUGCAAGAGUUGUUGGCAAGGCCCGAAUCUCAGAGAUGCAAAGCGCCCCCUCAACAAAGGUCAACGCCUUAUUGUGGUUGAUGCUGGAUCAAGGAACGGAUUUGUACCGGGAACCAGACUCAUGUACAAAGCAUCUGCGUCUUCCGGUGACUACCACUCUGAGAUGAACGGUGACACAUUUGGGAAGUGGUUACGGGAAAAGUUGUUACCAAACCUGCCUCCACACUGCGCCAUCGUGAUGGAUAACGCCAGUUAUCACUCAGUGCAGUCUGACAGAUGCCCAACCAGUUCUUCACGAAAAGAUUUCAUUAAGGUACAUGCAGUUCUUAUAACUUAAUGUAUUUUUUGUCAUUCACAAAAUACAUUUGUUGCCGCAUGUUGUUUCAUUAUAUGUUUUCAUUCUAUUUAACAGGAAUGGUUAAAGGCACAUGGGGUGAAUUUCAGCGACGACAUGGUGAAGACUGUAUUACUCAAACUAGUCAAUCUGAACAGACCUGCCCAAACCUACGUCAUCGAUGACAUCAUUAGGCAACAUGGUCACGAGAUCCUCCGACUACCACCUUACCACCCUGAUUUCAAUCCAAUUGAAUUAAUAUGGUCCCAGCUGAAGUCCAUCGUCCGUGUAAGAAAUAUGACAUUCAGAUUGGAUGUCUUAUUGAAGUUGGCCGAUGCAGCUUUCGGUGAGAUCACCGAAGAGAGAUGGCGAUGAGCAUGUGACCAUGUUGAAAAGGUGAUAGAGAAAAGCAAGACACAUGACUGCUACAGAGACCAUAACAUGGAGACAAUUAUAAUAAACCUUGCCGGUACUUC